UGCACACCUGGCUGGACGUCUUGCGUGCGGCCUUCGCGAGACCGAAGCCGAUCGUCAAUUCAGACCUCCCGCCGUUUCUGGACGCACGGAGCAAUUUUUGGUGCAUGUACACCGGGAAUCCGCUCCCGCCGGGGGAACGUGUGUACGGACAAGACUCGACGCCGGAUUUGACGGCAGAACUUGUGAGCAACGCCACGGCGAAAAGUCUGAACGAUCGAAUGGGUUUUGGCGGGUGGACGGUGCUAGGGUUGGACUACGCAGCCGUUGUUCUGAAUUUCCUGCUGUGGGCCACGCUGUUCUGGCACUUUGCUCUGCGGAAUUCAUCUGAUAGUGCGGACGAAAUUAAAGGUUCUUUAGCAGAUGGAGAUGUCGAAAAGAACAAGAAGAACGAAAAUCAGGUUACUGAUGAGGCGAUGAAAAUCUCGUCGGCACCGGAACAAGCGAGCCGUCCUGCCGCGCUGCGAGUCGUGAACAUGAGCAAAAGCUACGACGGGACGAAAUUUGUCAACACCGACAUUUCCUUUGAAGUUCGCCCAGGGCAAAUCUUCGCUCUGCUCGGUCAUAAUGGUGCGGGCAAGACCACUUUGCUGCGGCAACUGACAGCUUUGAUCCCCUCCACAAGCGGCGACGCUGUGGUCAACGGAUUUUCGGUGAAGGCCAAUCCCUCUGAGGUGCGGAAGCGCCUUGGUUUCUGCCCACAGCAGAAUCCGAUGUGGAAAGGCUACACGAUGAGGGAACAUUUGCUCUUCUUUUUGGACCUACAAAACUCGACGGGGAAGAAGGUCACGCUGCAAAAUCCAACACAUCCUGGCAUGACUGGAGGCUCAGAACGUUGCGGUGCCUCGUCUAAGCCUGCUGAACGUCACCAAGUUAAAAAUGCGGAGCAAAGUGAUUUCCUGACCGCAAAGAUGCUCGACUACGCCGAGGCGCUAGGCAUCAAGGAAAAGCUGGACACUAACUGCGCCGCGCUCUCGGGCGGGCAAAAACGCCGCAUGUGGACACUUUGUGCGCUGCUGCAACAAGACUCUCUCCUCCUACUGGACGAGCCUACCAGCGGGCUGGACCCACAGGCACGGCGAGACUUCUGGAUCCUGUUAGAUCGCGUUUGCCGUGAGGAGAACCGGGCUUGUGUGUUCAGUACGCACUACUUGGAAGAGGCUGACAUGUUGGCGGAAGAGAAAGUCAUCCUCGCCCACGGCGAAGUAGUCGCAAGCGGCACCUCUGGUCAAAUGAAAGUGGAACACGGGGCCGGGUUCUGGAUCACGCUGCAGAGUGAAAACGAGGGGAGUGCACCAAGCGACAAAAGCGAUUCUAAACUCUCUCGCUCUGAUCUUUUGUUGCGUGCGAGCCGAGAGGUAAUCUUCCACAAUCCGCGCACGAAGAUUCGCUUGCAACAGAUCACGAAGACGGACGCGCCCGGGCGGUUUUUGCAGUGUCUGGUCCCGUACGAGCAUGCGGCCGCGCUGCCGGUGAUUUUGGAAGAUUUAUCCAAGCCAGAAGUGCAGCAGCAGUUUUCUCUCGACGAGCGCGUGACCGUGCAGAAGACCACCUUGGAAGAGGUUUUUCAAAAGCUCGGGGAAGAUGAAGAAGACGAAGAUGUUGCACAAGAAGCGCUCUUUAGAGCCAGUCUGGUCGCUGGAGCAGAUAUUGUCGAUGCAGCGAAAGGCGGCGAUGCCCAAGCGACUUACAUUUCCACGGACCCGAGUACCAAUAACAGCUCGCGCACAGUUGAAGCAAAGAAGAAGAACAACAACGACACCGACAUUUCUGCAGCAAAAGCCGGCACAACAUCCGCCACGAUGAAGAAUACACUCACUACCCGCACCUUUCAUUUCUGGCGACAGGUUCUUGCGGUGUGCCGUUUCCGGUUUCAAAGUGAAUUCACUGCUGUGUUCAUCCCAGCCGUUGCGGUGAUUUUGUUUCUGUGGUUGUUCUGCGCUCGCACGCCCGACAACGGCAACACCGUGUUUGCCUCGGCCCCGGAGCUGACGAGCGUGUACUUCAGUCUGCUCGCCUUUGUGGGCUGCGGCCAGGCGUUAUUAACCGGGCGUUUCCGCGAGGAGCGCGAACAGGGCCGGCUGGCGCACUUACUCAUCCACGGCGUUUCCCGGUCGGCGUACAAACUCGGCACCGUCCUGUUUUUUCUGCUCCCCGCCCUGCUGGUCAUGCUCCUCGGCUUCGCGGCGGCUACGCAGACGCUCUCGACGCCCUGGAAGUACGGAACCCCGACGCUGCAGGCAAUGCUGUGGCUCCUCGGGUUGAUCUACAGCAUCGACGCCUUGGUUCUGGGCAGCCUGCUCGCCGAGGGCCAGCCGUGGCGGUCCAAUUUGUUUUUAAUUCUCCAAUUAGUCCUCCCAGUUAUCCUCUACGGCCCCUUCCUGCAGACCCCGCCGCGCGUAGUCCUGGCGGCAGAUGAGGAGAUCUCCUCAGUCAGCAAGCUGAUGACGCAGACGUACUUUCCGAACGAUGUCUCCGACCCGUUGCCCCUCAUGUCCGCGAGCAAGGCCCUGACGGCGAUCCAGCGCAUCGCGCUGCCGAUUUUUUUCCCGAACAUAGCGAUAUGCAAUACAAAUUUCCCGUACAUCUACAUGUACAAGAUGCAUCACAAAUUUCCCCAAUUUGGACGAGCGUGAAACUUGUCAUGCUAAACUAGGAUCGAAGCCAAGUUUUGCCAUGGACAGACCGCAUUUGUACAACGUGUACGGUAAAUUUACUGUGGAUACGCGAUGGCAGUGGUUUACAAAGACCUUCUGAACAAACGCAACGUCCUAUUGAGAGGAAAAAUCCCCCCUCCCCAUAUCGAAAACGAGAUUUGUGUUCGCUGUAUUUGAGUACACAAAUCACAUUUGUCUUGCAGUAAGGCACUCCGGCCAGAUCCGCAGCCUAGGUGGGAGAGCUCGUCAGGUCUAGUUGUUCAGCAUUGCAAACGGAUGACCUUUAGGCCAAACAGCAUGGCAAAUCGCUUCCCUAAUGGGGCGGAAGCUUCUGCCCUUGUCUUCUUGCAAGACAAACGUGAUUUGUGACCUCAAAUCAGCAACGCUAAUUUUCGGAGAGAUACCUUUUCGAUAUGGGGAGGGGGGAUUUUUCCUCUCAAUACGUCCUCGCCUGGCUGCACUUUUACUGGGAGGGACUCAAAGACGCGAUGGCGGCCCGAAGCUUUGUCGUCGGCGACACCGAUGCCAUUGCGGACACGCUGUUGCAAAACGCGACUCUGCAGGACCGAGUGAUGGCCGGCACUGCCGCGAUGGUGCAACGAGACAAAUUUCACUUCGAAAAAGUGCAGGCCCUGACGGCAAAGUACCAAACGCCACAAUUCUACUUCGGCGCCUCGUUUCCCGGUUAUCUGAUGAAGGUUCUGAACUCCGCAACCCCGGCGGAUCUCUCUUUUGGAAUAGUGAAAAAGGACAACCCAAGAGUGGUCAUACGAACGGAAUCGCUCCAAAACUCCGUGCGUCACGAGAGCUGGGCGUCGGGACAGGACUUCGUCACGACGGUAAAUGUGUGGACGUGGCUGAGUCUUUUUUUCGGAUUUUUCCUCCGUUUGGCGAUGUGGCUGCUGUCGAUCUUCUGCGACGGGCAUCAGGGAAGGCGAAGGGGUUUGUUCUCUUGCUGCACGAAGAGGGCGAACGCGAAAGGAAAUAAACAAGCCCACCAUCAUAGUCCUCAAGGAGCCUUGAGAGCAGUAGGCCCAUCGGAUGAACAAGACGAAGCCAGAGACCCCCUACUUUCCGCUUCCAAAGGACAGAAGAUUGCACACGCUUACACUGACCCUUUUCCGGAAGACGAUGGCCGCGACCCGGACGUUGUCGAGGAAGAGAGGCGCUUGCGCCAUGUCCUCAACAAGGAACGAACCCAUGGCUCUGCUCCAGAAGUUGUAGGCGCGGCCACGACUGGUAUGUUGAAAAUCUAUCGCAAUAAAGCAAGUACCACGUCGAUCAUUCAUCCUGAUGACAUUGCAGUCCUCGACCUGGAAAAGAAGUUCGACAAUCCGGCGAACCCUUCUUGUCCAAAGUACGCUCUGGGCGGGGUCUCCCUUGGGGUCCAAUCCGGGCAGUGCUUCGGUCUUCUUGGGCCCAACGGCGCUGGGAAGUCGACGCUCUUCACGAUGCUUUCCGGGAACUAUGACGACAGCGGCCCGCCGACGGACGGACAGAUUAUAGUGUUCGGUGAGGAUGUCACGCGGUCCGGGUUCGGAAAGGCUUACCAGAAGAUGGGAAUCGUGCCGCAGUUUGACUACCACCUGUUUCCGUAUGCAACGGCGCGGCAGCAUUUGGAGCUGUACGUGAAAAUUAGUGGCGUGGAGAUUGCAAAGCACUCCUGGUCCAUGAAUGCUUUGCAGUUGAUGGAAAAACAGGUUAUCGCGAACAAGAAGGGCCGCGUCCCUUCUCCCACAGACACAACGACGCUGCUAAUCGAUGCCAUUCUGAACAGUGUUGGUCUCGACCCGUAUUCGCCAAAGGUCGUCGGAGAAUAUUCUGGGGGUAUGAUGCGGCGGCUCUCCUUCGCGGUAGCGCUCAUCACUGAACCGAAGAUUUUGCUCCUCGAUGAGCUUUCCGCCGGGGUAGAUAUCGUCUCGCAGCGCUUACUUUGGAAGGUUUUGCAAAACCGGGCGAGCAACCAGACCGUGAUUACCACGACCCACAGCAUGAGCGAAGUGGAGGCGGUGUGCGACCGGGUCUGCAUUUUGGUUUCGGGGAAGCUCCAGUGUUUGGGUACAACCAGCCGGAUUAAGCAGGUGUACGGCAGUCUGUGCCACGUCGAUUUGUAUUGCCGCGCAUUGAACAACAACAAGAAGAAUUUGGAAUUGGAUGGAGCUGCUCCUGUUGGUAUGGACGCUGCGAUUGUCGAGAUUUUAGCCGAUGUGCAACAGCUGCUCUUGCAUGGCCGGCACAACUCUGAGGUGGAGAAGACGAUCUGUGACGACGCCGCUUCAAUCGUUUCACCUUCGGCAAGCGAAGAGCAUAACAAUGCCGAUGAAGCCACCGGAGUUAUAGAGCUACCCCUCAGUAGUACAAGCAAAAUGGAAGAAACAGCAGCGGCAGGGGCUGCAGCUGCAAGUGCAAAGCUUUUCGUUCUAGAAAAACACGCGUUUUCCGACUCGAGGUUCCGUGUAAUGCUGGGCGUAGAAAGGCAGAGCUUGCGAAUGGAAAAGCUGUUUCAGUGGUGUCAGGAAAACAGUUCGUCGGCAGCCGGAAGUGGGGCAGGCUGCUCGAUGCAGUUGUGCCGAAACAAGAGUUUUGCCGUGGAAGAUUUUAGCAUUGGCGAGCCAACCAUUGAACAGAUCUUUCUCAAGUUCGCUGCCAAACAGGAGGCAAUUUUGUUAGAGGAGGAGCAAACGAAAAUGGACAUCUAGUGCUGGUUCUAGAUCUACAGCUGCUAAAUGUUUUCUACAAUAAGAAAGUGAACCUUUUUUAUCUAUCAAUCUGAAUUCGGUCCCCUCAUUUAUCAGGGACGUUGGCACGACCGAGGUGGUUCCAUGUCCUAGGGAAAGAUUUUUCAUAAAAAUCAACUUUUUUUUUCAUAUCGCAAAUUUGGAAAUAAUUCACACUGGGUGUCAAGGAAGUGGUGUACCUGAGGGAAAGCAGUUUUGAAAAAAUGGUUUUGAAAAGUAUCUGAAGAUGAUUCAAUGCAUGCGGCUAUACUUCUUUUGUCAAGCCAAACUACUUCCUUUACUUGAUCACGUUUGUCUGCAGAGAAGCGUUGAAACCUUCCACGCAGCCAGCAAAGAAAAAAGCCGCACGAGAACCUACUUUUUGCGACAUUCAUUCAGAUGUCGUAAUUUACCAAAAAAAAUCUAAAAUUCAUUACCGUUGACAAAGAUGUAGACUGUAGGAUAAUAUGUUGCUACAUUUUGUACGAUACGAUAGAAGUCAUGAAAGAAGCUAGCCGAUGCCAUAUGUUUCUUUGUUCCCACAGCACAUGAUAGGAUACGAUAGGGAAGCUCUCCAGUGGGAGUAGAAAAGGUUUUGAAGCUCUUGGCUCCUACGACUAACGCAAAGGGACUGGCGACGUUUUGAACAGAGAGAUGGAAUUUUGGGAAUGUUUUU